CUUCGAGAAAACCGGGCUUGGAAUCUCGAACCCAGCGGUUACCGAUCUGUGAGAUUGAAUAGGAGAUUUGACAGACGCCAAGAGAAAAAAAGGUUCUUAUUGUCGCCAGGGAUUAAGGAGAAACACAAGGCAAGGGAAAAAAAAGGAGCCAUGGUCCACGCCGAUGCGUCCAACUUUGCCGAGGGCGUCACCAAGGAUGAUGCCUAUGAGCAGGUGCUAUUACAGGCUGAAGGACUCUUUUACGGGCAACGCAACUGGGUUUGUAACCUGUCUAACGCAGCCUCACUACUAUGGCAUGCCUACAAGUCUCUUGGCGCCCCAAGCAAUGAAGUAAACUGGGCAGGAUUUUAUGUGCUGGAUCCCACAAAAAAGGACCAGCUCAUUCUGGGACCAUUCCAGGGUAAAGUUGCCUGCCAGACGAUUCCCUUUGGACGAGGCGUAUGCGGUGCUGCUGCGGCCACCAAGACCACGCAACUAGUCGAGGAUGUGGAGAAGUUCCCCGGUCACAUUGCGUGUGACAGCGAGAGCAAGAGCGAGAUUGUGGUUCCUAUCGUAUCGGGCGACAGAGUCGUCGCAAUCAUUGACGUUGACUGCGCCGUCCUGAAUGGAUUCGAUGAGACGGACAAGAAGAACCUGGAGCAGCUUGCGGAGCUUCUGGCCAAGGGCUGUGAUUGGUAGACGAUAUAAAGAGAGUCUUCAAAAGUUCUGCUCUCUUAG